AUGGCAGCCCGCAAUACCCUACGCCGCUCCUUGCUCUACGUCCCCGGGUCUUCCCAGCGUUUCCUCGAUAAAUCCCGCUCACUCGCAGCGGACUGUGUCGCCUAUGAUCUUGAGGACAGCGUGACUCCGCACAUGAAGGCAGAGGCCCGCGGCCUGGUGCGGAGAGCAAUUGACCAGCCCACACCGAGUGGUAUUCGCGAGCGUGCAGUGCGAAUCAACUCCGUAGACAGCGGUCUAGCACUGGGUGAUCUGACAGAAGUGCUCCAAUCGCCAAACCUAACAACAAUCGUGAUCCCAAAGGUCAACUCAGCCUCAGACCUGACAUUCGUAACGGACGUCAUCUCCCACACCCUCGCACAACAGCCCCAAAUCGAAAACAGGCCGCCAAUCUCCUUACUCGCCCUCGUCGAGUCCGCCAAGUCCCUCACCAACCUCACCCAAAUCUGCGGCGCCUCGCCUUUACUCCAGGGCCUUGUUUUCGCUGCGGAGGACUUCGCUCUGGACUUGAGUAUUACGCGUACGCCAGGUCUUCGGGAAUUCCUCUUCGCGCGUUCGGCUAUCGCGACCGCGGCCCGCGCAGCCGAACUCCCAUCGACAAUUGACCUCGUCUGCACAACAUACAAGUCCGAGAAAGGGGAUGGGUCGCCGCCGGCGGUGCUGGAGGAGGAAUGUUAUGAUGGACGCCGGCUUGGGUUUAACGGGAAGCAGUGUAUUCAUCCGUCGCAGGUGAAGGUCGCGAAUGAUAUCUUUGGGCCGCAGGCGGAGGAGACGGCGUGGGCUGUGCGGUGUGUGAUUGCUGAUGAGAAAGCUGCUGCUGCAGGGCGUGGGGCUUGGACGCUGGAUGGUAAGAUGAUUGAUGUGCCUGUUGCGGAGAAGGCGAGGGCUAUUGUUAGGAAGGCUGAGGCUGUUGGUGUUGAUAUUCGGGCGCUUCGGGAACAGUGGAAGCAUCAGGAGCCUGAGUAG